GAGCGAGAGAUACUGCAGCCUCAGCUGGAUGCGGUGGAUCAGCUGCUCCCUCCAUCCUCAUCUUAUUUCUCUUGUGUCACCCCCCCAACCUCCCUCUACUGUCCGCCCCUCCCCGCUAUUCUCUCUGCCUCUCCCUACCUCUCGCUCUCUCUGUGCACCUCUAGCUUCGGUAGCAGUAGUCUUGAGCAUCCUUGCUGCUGCCGAUGCUGCUAUAAAUAUCUGCUGGUAGCCGUAGAGCGGCAGAGAGCAGCAGGCAGGCCGGAGGGAGGAGCACAACACCAGAGGACAGGACAGAACAGCGCAGGACAGGACAGGACAGGGGAAAGGGAGCUGAGGCAAAGAGGAUAACAAGAUGACAGGCGGUCAAGCACGGGAAAGAAGAAGGGUGGAGAAGAGAGGAGGGGAGCUCUUUAGCUAGCUUUAAAAAAAAAAGGGAGAGUGUGUGUUUGUGUGUUAAAGUGUUCUGGAGUUUGAUUGUUGACCUGGCUGGACUUGGUUUUGGACUAUAUCCAAACAAGAUACCGGAGCUGCACUGGGUUGAGCCGAGUUAAUAUUAGGACUCAACCGGGGAGACUAGAGCUGGACCCUCCUUCCCUGGAACCUAAAAUACUGACUUUGCAUGCGCCGGACCCAAACCGAACCCCAUCUGAACUCCAUCCAGACUGCUGCUCGUUCAGUUUUGUGCGGACAUGCGGGCCGGCAUGGGCCGGGGCAGGGCUGAGAUGCCAUGCUCCUGUGUUGCUGGUGGUGCCUGAGGCCUGAGGCGGUGGAGCUGGACAGCAGGAGGGUGGACCACCGUGUGCUGAACUGCGAGGCCAGUGCCUCCACCGCCAUCACAGCUGUCUCCCUUGACCAGUGGGAGCCAGAAAUGACCAACACUGCCUUUCAGCCCUCCCAGAGCGUGAAGAAUUCGAGCUACGGUCUACCGUCCUACCACCCCUACAGCAACAGCUAUGACUACUCAGACCAGAGCAGGCAAAGUGAGCGCUCAGGUCUCUGUGGACUCUCCAACCUGGGCAACACAUGCUUCAUGAACUCUGCUGUGCAGUGUUUAAGCAAUAUCCCUCCACUGACGGAGUACUUCCUCAAAGACAAGUUCACAGAGGAGCUGAAUGAGGACAACCCGCUGGGCAUGAAAGGGGAGAUUGCCAGAGUCUACGCCGAGCUUAUCAAGCAGCUUUGGUCGGGCAAAUUCAGCUACGUCACCCCAAGGCCUUUCAAGACCCAAGUGGGCCGCUUCGCCCCACAGUUCUCCGGUUACCAACAGCAGGACUCUCAUGAGCUGCUGGCCUUUCUCUUGGACGGCCUUCACGAAGACUUGAACCGCAUCAGGAAGAAGCCCUACAUCCAGUUGAAGGACGCUAACGGCAGGCCUGAUAAGGUGGUGGCGGAGGAGGCAUGGGAGAACCACAUCAAGAGAAACGACUCCAUCAUUGUGGACAUCUUCCACGGCCUUUUCAAGUCCACCCUGGUGUGUCCUGUGUGCGCCAAGGUCUCUGUGACUUUUGAUCCUUUCUGCUACUUGACCCUGCCCCUUCCCAUGAAGAAGGAGCGGACACUGGAGGUCUAUCUGGUCAGACUGGACCCUCUGGCCAAACCCACACAGUACAAGCUGACCGUGCCGAAGGUGGGCUACAUCUCUGACCUGUGUACUUCCCUCUCCAACUUGUCUGGGGUGCCUGCUGAGAAGAUGAUUGUAACCGACAUCUACAACCACCGUUUCCAUCGGAUCUUCGCCACUAACGAGAACCUCAGCAGCAUCAUGGAGAGAGAUGAUAUCUAUGUAUUUGAGUUGGCGGUGAACCGGGUGGAGGAUACAGACCAUGUAGUGAUCCCAGUUCACCUUAGGGAGAAGUACAAACAGUCGGGCUACAACCACACCAGCACGCCUCUGUUCGGACAGCCCUUCCUCCUCGCCGUCCCGAGAACCCUCAGCGAAGACAAACUCUACAACAUGCUGCUCCUGCGCCUCUGCCGGUUUGUGCGAUCUUCAGUAGAGGAGGAUGAAGAGGGUUGUGAAGAGACACCACCAUCCAAACCACACACUGUCAAUGGUAACGCCACUAAUGGACUUUUGGAGGAGGGGUCGCCGAGCGAGAUGGAGACUGAUGAGCAGGAUGACGAGUCCAGUCAGGAUCAGGAGCUGCCCUCUGAGAACGACAACAGCCAGUCAGAGGACUCUGUGGACAACGAACUGGAGAACGGUGUGGUUGGUCCACAGAACUCCACCAAAGGCCAACAGACGGCCGGACACAACCGAAAGAGACUUUUUACAUUCCAGUUCAAUAACAUGGGAAAAACAGACUUUACCCUCAUCAAGGAGGACACCAGGCAGAUCCGCUUUGACGAGGGACACCUCCGACUCAGUGACCGCUCCUAUCUCUCCUUGGACUGGGAACCGGAGAUCAAGAAGAAGUACUUUGAUGAGACCGUUGUCGAGGACUUCGACAAGCAUGAGAGCAUGGAGUACAAGCCUCAGAAGAAGGCUUUCUUCAAGCUAAAGGACUGCAUUGAACUUUUUACUACAAAGGAAAAACUGGGAGCAGAGGACCCAUGGUACUGUCCAAACUGUAAGCAGCACCAACAGGCCACUAAGAAGCUGGACCUGUGGUGUCUGCCGCCGGUGCUGGUGGUCCAUCUGAAACGCUUCUCCUACAGUCGUUAUAUGAGGGAUAAGCUGGACUCCCUUGUUGAUUUCCCUCUCAGAGACCUGGACAUGUCCGAGUUCCUGAUCAACCCCAACGCUGGACCCUGUCGCUAUGACCUCAUUGCUGUGUCCAACCACUAUGGCGGGAUGGGUGGAGGCCACUAUACGGCUUAUGCCAAGAACAAAGACGACGGAAAGUGGUACAACUAUGACGACAGCAGCGUGUCUCCUGCCAACGAAGAUCAAAUAGUGUCCAAAGCAGGCUACGUGCUUUUCUAUCAGCGCCAGGACACGGUGAAGGGCACCGGCUACUUCGCUCUCGACCACGAGGAAGACGAAGAGGAGGAGGACGAUGAGGAGGAAGGAGAAGAUGUGGAGAACGGCGGCCAGGAGAGACCGGAGAGUCAGACCGCCUCUUCUGCUCAGGGCUCGUCCGCCGCCGGUGCCGCCGCCAUCGCCUCCGGCUCCGCCGCAGCUCAGAGUGACGAGGAGGACCUGAACGAGAACCGGCGCAGGAAGAACGACAACGAGCAGGGCGAUGAAGAGGAGGAGGAGGCGGAAGAGGAGCGGGCGCCCAUUCGAGACGUCAACAUGAAAACCAACUGAGGCAAAACGAGGACAUAAAUAAACGGAGAGAGAGAGAGAGACUAGGAUCUUUCCAUCCAAAGCCAUAUGGACACACAGCAUGGCAGCGGGCGCCACCAGUCCCAACCAGUGGCUCGGACUCAGCCGCUCCACAGGCGGAGCCGCCGCGGGGGGCCGCGGCUGUUAGGUCAGGGAGCUGUCGCGGUACGCAACUCUAAGAAAUCAGGGCCCUCCUCUGUGGUUGGAUCACUGUGUGUGCGUGUCUGUGUGUGUGUAAGGUAUGUGUGUGUCGCCACGUUCAUUCGUUUAGGAUUUGCUCUUCUGCUCUCUGAUAAGAGUGGCUGAAUGUGGGACGGGGUUAGAGGCUUCACAGUUGUGCGGUGUAGCGCUCGUAAUCGCUCCCUGCUUUGUGUGUUCCUUGGAUUUCUUUUUCUUUUAUAUAUAUAUUUUUGAAAGCAAUGCAUUGUUGGCAUAUCAUUUUUAUUAUCAUUUAGACCUUGUAAAUAUUUUAGACACUGAAUUAUAUCAGGUUUUCAUGAUGCGCUGAAACAUUUUGAACUUGCACAAUCACCAACCCUCCACCUUUUUUUCUUUUCUUUUUUUUUUAUGUAUUAUUGCCAGACAUACUGCAAUUGUUUAACAAUAACGUCUCUCAGACGGCUUUUCUCACGUCAAAAGCUUAAGAAGCUGCCUUUUAUUAAGAGACACGUGUACAGUCUAGACUUAACAUAAGAAGUGAUUCUCAUAAUUGGAUUUAUAAAGUGUCGUACAGCCAAACUGUCCUAGCUUCGUACUGCUGCUGCUGCUACUGCUGUGAGCUUGCAUUUUUAGACCGAUUUAUUAGUGUAUCGGCGUGAACCUUCGCGAUUCAAGGUCCUGCUGUUGUUGUCCCUCUCUGGUCUCUUCUCUGUUGAUGAAUUAAAUGUCCUAAAACCUAUUCUAAAGCAGGAUUAAGAAGUUAUCCAGCUAACUUAGCAAAAUAACUCAACUUUUGCCCAUUUGUAUUGUGCAAAAACGAAAUACUAAAAGCUGUUUCACUUUGACUUAAUCGACUCAACAUAAUGAGCAGGGAUUGCAACAAAUAUCUGUUUAAAAGUUAGCUGGCUGACUCUUAGAUCCUACGCCACUAAUCUCUUCUUCAUCUUUCCCUCUUUAAGUUAUACAUAGGUGAUGCUUUUUCUCUGCUUUCUCCCUCUCUCGCUCUCUGCCCUCUUACCUCUUCAUAUUCGAGGCACUUUGAGAUUAGGAACAUCGGUGAUUUCGCUGACAUCGGAUGGGUCAUCUCUUGUUGGGAUCACUUCGGCCUUAACUCUUGAUCUCAGACCGGUCGCCUUUUCUUUGCACAUCACCAUCACGCCGUCUUUCUCGCCCCUUCUUGCACCAACACUAGUACACGAAUGUCCGUAUUAUUUGCAGCCACGUCAUCUCGAACUGUUUCUUUAAACCCACAAGAGGGCCAGAAUGUACGCUGAAUGGAAUGAGCACUGACGUAUUUGGCUGAAACAUUUUAAGUUUUAUUUUUUAUUUUCCAUGGCUCCCUUUCUUGAUUUGGUUGAAUGUGAUGGUAAAGGGUUCUUGGUCUUUGGUAACAGCUGUAUGAAUUGAUGGGUACUGCUCAAUGCAUCCCUUUCCAGAGAGGG